GAUCAAUAUGAUGCGCUGCAGUGGUGCGGCUUGGCCCUGUUGCCUGGCUUGGGAUGGGACGGACGCGGCCAACAGCAGGCCCGCUAGCGCUAGGCUGAGCGAGUUGCGGCAGAACCGAGUAGUACCGUAUAUCGACCACGCGGGAAAGCCAAACCCACAAGCAGUCGACUUGGUCCUUUACUGCAUUAUGGCUACCACUACUGUGAACAAGAGUUAUUCAGAACAGCAGAGGGAGCGAGGGAAUACCUUCUACAAGUCAGCUACCGAUAACUAUGGUCCCACAAUCCGCCUGUUGAGGCUUGAUAACGCCCUCAUGUGUUACAGGAAUGCUCUUGAUUGGAAGACCAAUGACGAUGAGGAGGUUUCCGCGAUGAAGAACAUUGGUUUGGCAUCCUGGAAGUUGGCUACCACUUACCUGGAGAGUUCUCCAAUUAGAGAAGUAACGAAUAUUCGGAAGAAUUACAAAGAAGCCUUGAAAUAUUUGGGCAUGUCACAUGUGAACAGGUUCUGCAAGAGCUUAUCAUGGGGCCUCAAAUUGGAAGAAUCUUGGGAGAACUGUCUGAAAGAAACCACUGACUGGUUAGCUACGUUGGAAACCAAGGACAGAAUAGCUGGAUUUAGUGAGCUUCUAAGCUUUGUUCCAGACUGUAGACUGAAGGCUAAUGGAUACGUUCAGUAUGCAACUCUUCUCUUUCAUGAAGGUGUUACUGCCUGGCAAGAUGGAGAAUACAAGGACUGUUACAGAUACAUGAAGGAAUGCUAUUUUCCUAUCCAAGAAGCAGAGAGACUGAGCUGCCAGGACCUGUUCAUCAAGACCGAAGUCGCUAUCUUAAGAGAAGAUGUUUACCUUCAUACGUGUAUUGCUGAAUCUGUCAUUGCUCGAGUCUCUGGUGAUGAACUUUUACAUGAGGACUUGAAUGAGCAAGAAACAAUCAAUACAGAUGCAAUCUGGACAGUGAUAGACUUCUACAAACAAGCUGCUAUGUUGUGCAGGGACAAGGACCUUGAACAGGAGGCUAUAGCUUACAGUCGACUUGGACGUGUAUAUGGGAAAGUCCUUAAAGCAUCAUCUCGAGGGAAGGAUUACUACAAGAAAGCAAUUCAGUUGGCUUUAAGCAUGACUCCAAGGACAUUUCAUGAUGUUGAUUGGUUCAAGGAAUCUACAGAGUUUGUCAAUGAGUUCCAGAGACGUCUAAACAAGGAUGAAGAAGAAGACAAGGACAAGGAAGCCGCCCUGAAGGAGAUGAAGGAAGACGUUGACAAACUCUCCAAGAUGGCUUCUGAAAUGUGUAAUGUAGAUUUCAUCAAGGAAAUCUACAAGACAUGGCCACCCAGAGCUCCAGGGGCAAAGUUAGAUGAGAAUCUUGCUACCAAGAAGCUACUCUUGAAGGCCAUCAGUCACUAUCAUCCAGACAAGGUGGACAAAGAGGUUCAUGGCAAUAAAUGGUUCUAUUUCAGUGAAGAGAUCACCAAGCACCUUAAUAUCAAGUAUGGUAAUCAUAAAUUUACUCCUGCUGAUGAGUUACCCAAAUCCAAGCCUGAGUCUGAGACAGAGUCUGAGUCCGAAGCAGAAUCUGAGUCAGAGUCCCUGGGUUCUGAGUCCGAGUGUGAGUCUUGGGAAUUUGAGUCUGAUUCUGAGUCUGAAAUGUUCAUGUGAAUUAGGCCAUACAGGGAUAGAAGAUAAACCUGUAGCAUUUAAAUAGGAGGACAUUUAGGUGAAGUAAGUGUUUGUAAUAAGUUGCAAACUAACUACAUUUAGUCACUUGAUGGUGAUUACUAAACUUAUCAAGGUCUUAUGAAUAUGGACCUAGGUGGGUAAAUUAAUAGAGGUAUUAAGACAUUAUUGACAACGUCUUAAUUAAGAGAGAAAAAUUCUUCAUUAGUUCUCAUUGUCAUGGUAGUAUUCAUUUUAAGGAAUUUUUAUGGUUGUAAACAUAUUGUGUAAUGCAUAUGUGUGUGACUUUCAAUGCAAGCAUUAUAGCAAAAUUUGGGAAAAGUAGGAAAAAAUAAUAGUAAUCAUCAGAAUGAUUGUCCAAGCAGUAUUCUUCAUUGCCAAAUUGAUAUUCUCCUAAAAUAUGUAUGUGCUAUUCACUAUAUUUGUGACACUUUUAUACUUUUCAGUUUAUGCAAAGUAGAGUAAAUGAUUAAAUUAUUAUUGUACUAGAAAUUCUUGAAAAAUGACAGAGUAUUUUUGAAACAGAUGAUGUGUUUUUAACAGAAGUGCCAUUUUCAUGAUUGAAUCUGAUUGAAUCAUGCAAUGGUUAGGGUUAACUUUCUUGUAAUAAGCCAAAAUCCUUCGUUUUAAUAGUAAUAGGAUCUCAUUCAAGUACAACUCUUUUUAAAUUCAGCUUCUUAAAAAAUGUGUGUGAGACAUGAUUUUAUAAAAAUAUUUUUCAUAAUGUCUAAAAGCUGAGGUACUGAUACUAUUUUUAUUGUAAAUUGAUUAUAGUUUGUAGGAUGUACUAUAAAAUGAUCUCAAGUUGCUUUUAACAUUGCCACAUUUAGACAUUUAUUCUUGUCAUUUUCAAAAGCUUUAACCAUGUAAAUAAACUUCAUAGUACUCUAUCAUUAUACAUGUAGUAUAUGUUUGAAUAUAGAAUAAUUGACUGAUCUCAUGCAUUCUAGAUCUCUGCAGUUUCUGUCUCGAUUAAUGGAAGUGAAGGUAAAUUUCAAUAUUUUGCUAUUACACAACAAUGGGGAAAUGUAGCUGAAAUUGUGGGAAUGGUCUUUGCAUUUCAUUUAUGUAUUGCAAUUAAAAUAAAUUAUUAUUACAUCAGAAGUCCAGUGGAAGGCAUGUGACAUAGUUUGUAAAGCUGAAAUCUCCAUACCCAUUCUCUUCAUUUUCUAAGGUUAUUCUGGAAGAAACUGUACCCAGAGAUUUUUAUGCAAAAACUGAAUAUGUUAUAUAUACAUGCAAUAAUGCAGAUUACCAAAUAUCAUUUCCAUCUCUUUCAUUAAUCCCACAAGCAUCUUUUUGUCUCUAAUGCUCUUAUUCAUCAUAGCCAAAACAAUAGGGAAUGCAAGAAAGCCGUCAUGAAAUGUGCAUAGUGCUCUUAUAGCAAGAUUCAAAUACUUUUGAUGUGUUUUUCAAUGUUCCACAUUGCUCUGUAUACAUGUAUGAUGAUAGGAUUAGAAAAGAAAAGACCUUUGCAGAGUUUGAAAGAGGUGUCUUUGAAUUUUAAAAUGAGGUGUCUUAAUCAGUAUUUUGCUUAAUAUCAAAAACUUUUUGUUACUGUAUUAAUGAUCUUGUACAUUCCAUUCAUAAUAACUGUUUGUUCUCUUUCAGGACACGGUAAAAAUACAUGCACUUGUAAUUUUAUGUAAAUAAAUGUAGGAAAAAUGAAUAUUUGAAAUCAUUGGUUCCCAAAUUUUUUAUAUGUACUCUAAAGUAAAUAUAUU